UAGUCGUUGCCCGUCACGGGACGGUGCGAGCAGAAGUUUCGAACCGGGAUGCUCGAUGUCGCAAGCUCAACUAAGCUGAGUCGAGCAAUUGCGGGCCCUGACCUUGUCCCUUCCUUGUCUACUCAUGUUAGCGUACCGCUCUUUGUCUUUCUCUCGCUUUUGGCUUCGCAAGUGCAUCUCCGGAGAGGACAAGUCCGGAUCUCAUAGUAUAGCUGUAGUGUGUGUAGGUAGUGCUUACUAAAAAAAAUCGAUGGAAGAUAAGCUAGGAAAGCGAGGGUGCUAAGCGCCUCCAAGGCAGUUUUCCGCUGCCCUUGCAUCGCACUGCUAGACAUGGCUGGCUGGCUGUCACAUCCGCUUGGCACCAACCCACGGUCUCAUUUUUUUUGCGUGCUUGCGGGAGCAAGCACACGACGCACAACUCCACAAGUUUUUCUUGUUGGCCAGGUCAAAUGUGCUGUGCUGUUGCCGCUGUCCGUCCGGCAAAAGGAUUCUGACCCUGGACCCAUUUCCUCCGUGCCAUCCCUUGCAAUGCACCAACACACAUGCCAUGCUGUAACCGAUAUGUCAAAUGUGCCACGUACGCCUGCAACCCCAUCAGUUCCGCCGCCCGAGCCGUGUGUGCUCGCGUGUCGAAAUCUGCGUUCCCAUCACACAUCUCAUCACAAGAAUGGUAGGAAGCAAGCAGCCUUGCCUUCCUCAUCCUAAUGAACUACGCUACAUGCGCCGAUUGAAUCGUCUUCAUCCCUGCCGUGCGUAACCGCAAUAGCCAUAAUCAUGAUCCCACAACACGCCAUAUCAUCCUAUACCUGACUACGCUACUUCCCACCACCACCAACAAAACUAUCGACAAGCUCUCAGCGCUUAAAAUCAUUGUAUGCACAUACCCCUCCCUCCCCCCCAUCCA